UUUUGGAGGCUUGCUUGCCAGUCACUGCGUGCUGACGCCAUGGCGCUGAGACUCCCGGGAAUGGGGUUGCUCUCCCGCUUUAGCCUUGGAGUCCUAGUCCUGGUUUUGGCUCUCCCUGCUGAUGCUGGGCUUUCCCAGAAACACGUUUCAGACGUUGUUGAUGACAGCAAAGAUAACAUCACCAUUUUCACCCGCAUCCUGGACAGGCUGUUGGAUGGAUAUGACAACCGCCUGAGACCUGGACUUGGAGACAGCGUAACUGAAGUGAAGACAGACAUUUACGUGACGAGUUUUGGCCCUGUCUCGGACACAGAUAUGGAAUACACUAUUGAUGUCUUUUUCCGACAAUCCUGGAGAGAUGAAAGGCUGAAGUUUGAUGGUCCCAUGAAAAUACUUCCCCUAAACAACCUGCUGGCCAGUAAGAUCUGGACUCCUGAUACCUUCUUCCACAAUGGGAAGAAAUCUGUCGCCCAUAACAUGACAACACCCAACAAGCUGCUGCGCCUGGUGGACAAUGGCACUCUCCUGUACACCAUGAGGCUAACGAUUCAUGCAGAGUGCCCCAUGCACCUGGAGGACUUCCCAAUGGAUGUGCACGCUUGCCCGCUGAAAUUUGGGAGCUAUGCCUACACAAAGACAGAGGUGAUCUACACCUGGACACUGGGGAAGGAUAAAUCAGUGGAAGUAGCGAAGGGUGGAUCUCGCCUGAACCAGUAUGACCUGCUGGGCCAUGUUGUUGGGACUGAGAUGGUUCGAUCCAGCACAGGGGAGUAUGUCGUCAUGACCACACACUUCCACCUCAAGAGGAAGAUUGGGUACUUUGUGAUCCAGACCUACCUACCCUGCAUCAUGACGGUCAUCCUGUCCCAGGUCUCCUUCUGGCUUAACAGGGAGUCUGUUCCUGCCCGAACGGUUUUUGGUGUCACCACUGUCCUCACCAUGACCACACUAAGCAUCAGCGCAAGAAACUCGUUACCUAAAGUGGCGUACGCGACGGCCAUGGACUGGUUCAUAGCCGUCUGUUACGCCUUUGUGUUUUCUGCGCUGAUCGAAUUUGCCACCGUCAACUACUUUACCAAGCGCAGCUGGGCUUGGGAUGGCAAGAAGGUGCUGGAGGCCCAAGAGAUGAAGAAAAAAGAGCCAGUGGCAUUAGCGAAGAAAACCAACAAUACCUACAACAUCGUUGGCACCACAUAUGCUCUCAACAUUGCCAAGGACCCCGGCCUGCCCACCAUCUCCAAGAGUGCUGCUGCCACUGCUACUGCCACCAACGUACCCCCCAAGAUGACCCGCAUAGAGGAGAAGCUCCCAGAUAGUAAGAAGACAUACAACAGUGUCAGCAAGGUAGACAAGAUGUCCCGCAUCGUCUUUCCAGUCCUCUUUGCCAUUUUCAACUUAGUCUACUGGGCCACAUAUGUAAACCGGGAGUCAGCUAUCAAGGGAAUGAUCCCCAAACAAUAAAACCGGUCACACAAACCUUCCAUCAGUGAGCACCAUCCAGGCAGGAAUUCUCCAGGGCUUUCUUCUUUCCCUUUUUCUUUAAUUAUUAUUGUUCAUUUGAUAUUAUUAUUAUUAUUAUUAUUAUUACUAUUAGAUCAUUCUUUUAUAAUGUAAACAAAACUGAUUUUAAUUUAAUCCUGUGUACUUCAGUUUCACUUUACUUUGUCUCUGAUGGUGAAAGGGGGGAAAAAAAAAGGAUCAUAACAAGUUGUGCCUCUAACAUUGUGAGUCUAAUGUCCCCCAUUUGUCCAAGUCACCCCGUGCUUCCAUCUCACCUCCUCCACCUCCUGCUGUUUCCAUGGUCUGCAUGCCACUGCCAUUCCACUGUCCACCCUGCUGGGGGCUGCUGCUGUGGUCCACCCCCCUCUUCCUCUUCUGCAGUGGACUGCCCUAGCAUGGUGGGUGCUCCUGGUGGCCUGGGCUCAAGGAUGGGGAGGCCUCCAGAGUCAGUCAGCCAGCCAGCCUGCCCUUCAGUGCCUGAUGCUCUGUGCUCAGUGGCUGUGGAUGCAGGGCGAGCUGGUCCAUUGAGGGAGCAGCGUGGCAUGGGCCAGCUCAUAGCCCAGUGCCUGCUGAGGGCAAACCCACCACUGCCAUGGUCCAUGGAACCACUGCAGGGCUGGAACAGGGUGGCAGCAUCUUAUAGGUAUCUACAGGGCUUCUUCCUCUCUGUCUUCAUCAAAUCCAGCUGCUGGUUCCCUCCAUGUCUCUCCCCAGACAAGAACAGGCAAGAAAAGUCUUGUCCAUCUGCCAUCCUGCACUCUUGGGGCAACUCAUUUUAGAGGGUGGGAUGGUUCCAACCAGAGAAAUAAUUCUUCUCAGGGCCAGUCAGGAAGUCAAGACAGGAGCUUUAUAAUGUCUUGGAGGAGAUAGAAGUUGUGAAGCCACGUGCAUUCAGCAUCAGGACUGGAAGCCAUAGAGUUUGUGUUCAGAUGGGUGGUUUACCACUUUGUCUUGGCCCCAUCCACUUAUCCUUCUUGGCACCUCCUCUGCCCGAGUCCCUUCUUCCAGAUCCCCAUUCAUCUUCCUUUGGCUAUUCAGCACCCCUCAGUCCUAUCUUGUCGUUCAUGGGUAAAUUUAGGAAGAGAAUCCCCUACCUCUUGGGUAAGCCACGCUGACUAGGAGGAGCACAGCCCAGGGAAUUCCAGCUCAUGGAGCAGCAGCAAUGUUGAUCCAGGCCAGCUCAGGUGCAGACUGUCUCCUGUGGGACACACCAGUGGGUCAGGAGACAGUCAGUCCCCAGGUACCUCCCUGUCCCUGGGGAACAGAUGCAGCUGAGCAUCCUCAGCACUAUGGGACAACAGAAGGGGAUCUUUGAAACAGCAGGGUGAUACUUCUGUCCCAGAGAGCCAUGAGAGCCAGCUGCCAUCCCACAAAGCCACUGAGAUCUAAGACCCAACUCUUAACACCUGCACACUCUUCCCAGGAAGGCUCUCCAGUGCCUUGGAAAGAGGGUUUUUUCUCCCUUCCCAGCCACCACAGUCAAGAACCGAAAAGAUGGUGGCGUUCAAGCCAUCUGUCCCCUUUCCCUGGUGCCUGGAGCCAUGGACACACUGUCCUGCUACAAGGAAGGACAUCCAGUGCCUGGUGAGUUCUUGUCCCCAGCACUGAUCCUGCCAUUGGCCCUGCUCCCAGGGUACAAUGCAGCCCCUCUUUGCUGGGCCUCCCUCCGACCAUCUGGCUGCCCCCCCUGAGCUGCCCCCAUGCAUGUUUCAGGUGCACGCAGCCAGGCCAAGGCCCCAGCACCCCCAAGAUGAUGUCUUCAGCAUUGCUUCGAGCCACUGUGCCAAGCUCAGUUUACCCCUGCCUGCACAGAAGCGGGGCUGAGCACAAGGCACAGGAUUUGUCCCACCUGGAAUAUCCAUGGGGAUGGCAGGACAGAGCGGGGAAGGCCAGGACACUUUGUCCUUCAGCGUGAGUGGCAUUUGUGCAUGUCCUGCCCAUCCCUUACCAAUCUUGCUGGCUCAACAGCAGUGCAGUCCUUCCCCCUGCCUAUAGCUGUGGCGAGGAGAGGGGCAAGGAGACAUUUAGCUCAGUCCCUGGUGCAUUCAGUCCAGGACUGCAUCCGCACCAGCAGGCAGCAUCUGGCAAGAGAUGACAACUUCCCCCCCUGUGGGGCGAUGCUGAGGAAACCAGCUCGCUCCCCAUCCUCCCCCACAGCAUCUGCACCCCAAACUGCGCAUGAUAUUUCUACAGUGCCUUUCAUCCCCGAGGGCUCCCCGCUGGGUAACAAGGAAGGGAAAGCCCACCCAGCGUUGGGUUGGAGGAGCAGAGGGAGAGUGCGCUGUCUCCAGCCCUUCCUCUGGGCAGGGGGGGCAUCCCAGCUGCUUUUGCACCUGGGGCACCUUGUUCCUCCUGGCACUGACCUCCUGGUUCUGCUGCAGCCCUCCGGCCCUGACAGCCCGGCCACCCCAGCACUGCCCUGCCGCAGCCCCCUGCCCCUUGGCCACCGAGGCACCCUGCGCUCCCUCCAUGCCAGCAGCAUCCCCUCCAGGAGCCAGUGCCACUGCUGCCGCCCUCCUGCUCCCUGGGCUUUCUGUCGGGGAGUGCUACACUAACUGGCCGUGACGCUAUUUGUUUUGGAAACUACAUGGAUGUCAUUUUCUUAAACAAGCUAUAUGAAGUGUAUCUUAUAAAACAUUCAUGUCACUAUAAUACUCAGGCCAAAGUGAAUGGAAUAGAAACCCUAUAAAAAGCAAAACAAACACAAUAAAAUUGUAACAAAGAGUAUAUUGUGUUUACUAGCAGAAUCACAUUAAAGGCAAGCUUAAAUACUGGAUCCAGUGACUUGAGCUAGCCCUGGUGCAGAGGUGGUCUCCUCUGCUUGCCUGAGCAUUCCCCAAAAUCUCUACCCCAAGGGCCAGCUCCUGUCGCGCAUCACCUUGCUACAUGUUCCUGUGUCUGUUGGUGCCUGCUCCAUAGAACUUUCCAUAAAUUUUCAGGUCUUACCAUCGGCUUCUCAGCAGCCCGAGCACCUGCAGAUGCUGCCUUUGCUGCCCCCCUAGAGCCACCCAGGCUCACUGGGGCAAGGUGAUGCUCAAAGUGCCAGGGCUGGACCUCUCUGUGGUGCCGGGCAUAGCAUUGGGGCAUCAUCUGAGCCUCCUCCCUUCCUGCAGGUGAUCCGAUCUGGCUCAGUUACCUGUCAAGGUGAAUCUCCUGCCUGUUUCUUCCCCUAGUUCUUCCCUCCCUUCGACACUGAGACUCUUGCCCCUCCCUAGGACACAGCCCACCAAUCUGGAUUGCUGGUGACGCCCAUCUGCUGGCUCAUCUUUGCUCUUCCUGGCUCAAAAAACUUUGCUCUCUGCCUGAUAAAAGGCUGCCUUCCUGGAUCUGUGUUAGCACGCCUUGAAAGCCAAGUCUAUUCCCACCAAAGCCUGGCACUCGCUCCAAGUCUUUUUGCCAGCUGGAAGCAGAAAUACCGGCAUCCUUUGGUUAAAGACAACAAACCAAACAGAAUUUGUAGUUUGGCUUCCAAGCAGGGAAGCAUUUCGGGAAGAUAGUUAUAAAUAAGUGGUUUAACAUCUCCUGCCAGCAGACAUCACAGAGAAGAUAAUGUUCUUUUUUUUUUUAAAUCUGUCAGCAGCUCAAAUUGGGACGUUUUCUUCCCAGCUAACCCGAGGUUGCUGAUAGGGGCUUCUUCUAAGGGCACGCUGGGCCAGAGUUAACCUAGCAUCAAUUACUGGGGUUUACUGCUUGCUGUGAUAGCAUCUAAGGGCUCCAUUUUUAUAGUUGGUCCUGUAUAGGAAUAGAUCUGUACGUGGCUAUUGAUAGUCUAAUCCACACUUGUGCACAGAGUGGGCACUUCAUUUCACUGUGAGCCUCAAUACUCUAAUAUUCUUUUUUUCUGGCAAGGUCCAAAGCCUCCCUGCCUUUAUGAGAGUCUCCCAGGAAGAAAUUUGAGGGUGAUAAAAAUGAUCUGUUCAGUCUGCACUCCUGUUUUGUAGCUUGCACCACCUGGGACACACACAGCGCAGUCCAAGCCUGCAGUUGCAUUCCUUCUGAAAAUGUCAGAGGGACAUUUUGGUGCUGGCAGCUUGCCUCUUCCCUCCUCUGAAACCGCACAUGGGCCAAAGCAGUGCGGCUUUCAGGAGCUCUGCGCCCCGGGGAGGCAGAGGAUGGUUCGGCUGAGGUCCUCCAAGCAAGCACGGCAGGCAGCAUGUGGUGGCUGCCAGUGCCAUGUUAGUGCUGUGACAUUUCUGCGGGGGAAUAGGAGAGGGAUGGGGCAGAAGAGGUCCCUCAGUCCCACCCGUUCUUCUAAAGGGCUGAUGGAGUCACCCCCACACAACGUCUCAAAAGCUUCUGGAACGUCACUGAGCAGGACUGUGACACCCGAGGCAGAGCUUCCCAUCUCUCCUCUGUGCACAGAGCUCAACAUAAGCAAAGCUGGCUGUGCCACUCCCUGGGUUUUACAGACAAGUGCUGUGGCCAGCACAGCUCACCCCCAUCCUAAUCCUCGCCAUCACAGUGACACCGGGUCCUACUUUGUUUGCUGUAGGACACCCCUUGUGCAAGCAGACCCUAUGCUUGCUGUUCCCAGACACAAGCCAUGCAUGCACACAAGGUCAGGACCAACCUUUUUUCUGCAAGCCUAUCCUAUGGACAGGUGCAAGUGCGGUCAUUUCUUUUCCGCUGCCUUGAUUUCUUCUGUCCAUAUCUUGUAUUUCUUUCAGCCAUCCCUUGGUGAGGGUUAUAGGGCUGCAUCACAUACGAGGAAGGGGUUUCUCUUGCUCCAAAUCACCUCACAUAGGAAGACCCUCUGUUCUACUCUCUGAGACCUUUAGAAACCUGGAGCAGUUGCCCCCCCGGAGGGUGCUGCAGUAACAGCCUCCUUGCAGUAUUCUUUACAGCUGUUGGAGGAACAGAGCAGUUAAACACACGCUGCUGUUAAAGGAAGGAUCAUGGUCAAAGGCAAGUGGCUACUGAGGACAGGUACUGUGCUCUCCCAGCUUGACAGGGCAUGCCAUGAGUAGGAGAGGACCAGGCAGCUCUCAAUGGGCUCACUUAGGGAACGGUUUGGCAGGGACAUGCUAGUGCCCCCCCACUUCCACAUGCUUGGACCUGGGGGUGGCGGAGAGCCAGCGUGGGGCCGUGGGACUGCACCAUCACAGCAGGCAGCAUCAGGCCAGCCCUCAUUCCAGGCCCUCUUCCCCAAAUUUUAUGUUUGUCUGGGGCCACUAUAACCUACCCAAUUAAAUAAAUGUGUGGAUUUUGCAGAACCGAGAGAAGCAACAUUUCCCUGACUCCUUGGUGGCUGUUGGGGGUGGGGAGAGCUCAGCCAGGGUGAGGGGCACAUUCAUAAAAACAUAAACGCUCUAUUAAUGUCAAAGUAGAGAGAAAGCCCCCUGAACAAUUCAUCAAUCCUCUUUCCAUAUCAAGCUGAACUACUCCUGAAGGCAUUUUUGGCAAGAGGCCACAAUACAAAUGAAAUUGAUGGCUUCCAGGUAUAAAUAUUUACUUUUUGACCUUGUUAUUGUUCAGUCAGCCAAAGGUUUUUACAUAUAUCUAUAUCUAUAUCUAUAUAUAUGCAUGUGUGUGUGUAUCUUUAUGCUCACAAACUCUUUAUAGCUAAAAAUCAAACCUCUCUCUCUUUGAAAGAGAAAAUGGCCAUUUUCAAUUAUUUUACUUCCCCCUCAUUCUCUUUGGUAAAUCUUCUGGAAGGAGGUGCGUCCCUCUCUGCUAGUCUUCAGAUGGCUUUGGGAGGAACAGGGAGCAAAGUGAGCCUCUCUCCAUGCUGGGGUCUCAGUGCAGGCUUGCUGCCUGGACCAAGGACACUGCUGGCAGUGCUGUUUAGCACCUUUCAGGAGAACUUAGUCCCAGAUGUCACAACUUCUCCAACACACCGGGAUGUUCCCAGGAGGGCAUCAUGGCUUUUCAACAGCUGUAUGCCAUAAGCAGUUAGUCCUUAUGCCAGAGCAAAACCAGGGAAUGUGUAGCUGAGCGUUGUAAAGGGGUGUGAGGUAUCUACCUGCUUCAGGAGGGAGCACCAAACCUGAUGGGAUCCAUUCCAGCUUUCCCUAGCCAGGGGAACGCCGCAGGGAGGGGCUGUACUUCAGCCUGGGCUGUUCUGCAAAGCAAAGGGAGGUGCUGGCAGUUGGUCAGUGCUGGCUGCUCAUCCAGGUGGGUCGUGCUAAUGGUGGGAGGCGUCAGCAAAAGCAUAGGCCUUAUCACACCUUAUCUCACCUCAGCACAAGCAGGACCAAAGACAGAUACUGGCCAGCCCAUGAGCAGUGAGGCCGUGGUAAGUGAGCAGUGUGCUGCCCCUAGCAAUGGUACCCAGCAUCAGCUCCUUCCCCUCCCCGCCCCUCCCCUGCCCUCCCCUUCAUCUCCCCCUGUCUUAGGAGAACCAUUUAGGCACCGAUCCUGCAACUGCACUCGUAGCUCCUAUCUUCCCUCCUCUGCUGCUGGAGAAGGGUUCUCGCAGUCAGCGGCAAUUGCUGAUCAGUGUCUUGUGGUGUCCCAGCUAUGAGAAUGAAGGAUGGCACCUCCCAUAAGCAAAGCUGGUUCUCUUUCUAGGUCUAUGCCUGCCUCCCACCACAGGAAUCUGUGCUUCGUUAAAUAGCAGAGAGUCUUAGGCUUGGAUUAGUCCUAACAUUAGGCCUGUCAUCCUUCACCACAGGCUCGUGAAGCUCUAGGACAAAAUACAAUCUUCUAGCCACUCCUUCCUAUUCUGCACUGUCCCCAGUGCCCACCAGUGCAGAUCUCUCUGUACACAGCUUUAAUGAUCCCAUCUGCCUAGGGAGGGAGGCCUGGUCUCAGGUUUGCUACAUGAGCCAGGAUGCUCCCACACUCUUCAAAGGCUCUUGGUUCUUUGCUUCACCACUGCUUGAAAGUCCUGCCAACUUGAUAAGUCCAUUGGCUCAUGUUACACUGCUGUCGGCACUGUGUUUCCCCUGGAAAGUCUGUUGAUUCCUCCUGUCCUUUUGCAGGGCACCCAGCAACCAUAACGACAGUCAUACAUUGAACGAUUCCAUUCUUGCAACGACAAAAAAGUAGGGGCAGAGUUGGGAAACCUGAGUCAUUGCUACAUUGCCUUUUCCAGGCUGUAUUUAGAGUUGAAGGGCUCAUCUCGGUUGUCACAAGGGAGUUUCUCAGCCCACCAAAUCUAGUCAGGUGACCACAAGUAUCCCUUCAUGAACUAGAUUUUCACUGUCGACUGACUUGGGGAUAGCCACAGGCAAAAGUCCUAUCUGAAGGUGAGGGCACCUGCUGCUUCUUUCACUGUAGCACUGGUGCCCAGGGUGGAGAAAGUGGCAUUAGCAUCAGGCUAGGGCAGCCCAUCAUGGGGAAGAGCACACCACAAGUCGCCAGAGAAUACGCUUAUUUUCACUGCCUCAGGUUCAGUCUGUGCCCCGGUAUGUCUUCUGCUUUGUUUUCCAUCUUGUGAGACUCUCUUUACUCCACUAUAAGAAAGAAUCUAGCCAGCAGCAGUUUAAUGCAUGACAAUCCUGUUAUUACAGCUGUAAAUAAUUAACAACUAGGAAAAAAAGCUUUUUUAAAAAAUUUUUUGUUGACUUUCUUUUCUCUCUUGACUAGCUGGUAGCCACUUUCUUAAGGGAUUUCUCACGGAAACUGUGACCUUUCUUCUCUCUAUUUCUCUCUCUUUCUUUCUGAGAUUUGUGUUUCAAAUGCUUUUUGGUGCAAUGUUCAAUGCCUGUUUGUAUUUUUGAAUCGUAUUUUUCAACCUUUGCCGGAAAAAAAAAAAAUUUGCCCAUUCUAAUUGGCAGGAUUUUGAGUCCUGCAAUUUUUUUCAGCUUUUAGCUUUUUCAAUAAGUUAAAGCAACAGAAAAAUGUCUCAAAAAUUACAGUGAAGUUCUGAAGAGAGAUUAGAAAACAUCAGAAACAAGAACUACGUGAAUAAGAUUAGCAAGCUGAGUGGAGGAGGAGGACUCUUCUGACCACCUACUAACCUCGUGAUCUAACACACAAGGCGGGACUAGACCUCUUCACUGAUUUAAAUCACUCUGCUUUUCCACUCUACCCACUCUCUCGAACUCCAAUCAAAACAAAUAAAAAUUCAUAUUUUAAAAAA